AUGUCUAAAGUAACAGUAAGAGUCUUUUUAAAUGGAAAAUCGAUUUCAGUUAAACCACUGAAUUCACAAGACAAUUUGAAAACAGCAAGAGAGAAAUUAAAAGAAAAGAUGUCUGGUUCUCAACAAUUCCUAACAAAAGAAGGAGAUUUAAUUGAUAUAAAUGAUGAAGAUUCAUUUACUGUAGGCAAUGUAAUUGAUUCAUCAGGAAUAAUAAAUAUCAAAGAAAAAGAAGAUAAAAAGGAAGUAAAAAUAAAAUUAAAUGACAAAUUAUUUAAAACCAUUGAAUUGGAUAAGAAAACAAAAUUAAGUGAUGUCAGAAAAUCAAUUCAAAAUAUUCCAGAGUCUGCACAUUUCUAUACAGUUGAUAAUGAAAUAAUUGAAAAAGAUGAAGAAAGUAUGUUUUUAGUAGAAGAUAUAAUAAAUAAUGAUGAAAUUAAUCUUAAAAAUGAAAAAGGAAUGGAUACUAUAACAAUUGGAAUAUAUUCGGAUGGAGAAUCGUUCAUGAAAAAACAAUUCAAUAAGAACAUUUCUCUUUCUGAUAUCAGAAAGAAACUUGAAAUUGUAACAUGUAUAACAAAAGGUUUUAUAUUUGAAGAUGAAGAAAGAAAUAAAAUACAAAGAGAAAAUGAAAAAUCAUUAAAAUUAUCAUCUAUUUUAUAUGAUAACAAGAUCAAUAUAACAACAGAAAUUUUGAUACUUCAUCAAAUAAUAAUACAGCACAUAAAAAAUGUUCCAAUUAAAGGAAGUGAACUAUUGAAAAAUGAAAAAGGAAAAUUGAAAAUAUAUUUAUAUCCAAAUGAACCAUUUAAUCAAAAAGAUGAGAGUGAUGCAAUUGCUAUUUUAGUUGUUGGUCAAACAGGAAGUGGUAAAACAACAUUAUUAAAUAGUUUUAUAAUUUAG